AUGGCGCCCUCCUAUGCUGGUAUGUCCGGCAGGCCGCUGUCGCUGACAGUGUCGACCAUCGCCACGAUGGGUUUCCUCCUCUUCGGCUACGACCAAGGUGUCAUGUCCGGCAUCAUCUCCGCCGACGCCUUCACCGACGUCUUCACAGCCGCCAAAGGCGACAACACCAUGCAAGCCCUAAUCACCGCCGUCUACGAACUAGGCUGUCUAUUCGGCGCCAUGUUCGCCCUAUUCACGGGUGACAUGAUGGGCCGUCGCCUUAUGGUCAUGGCUGGCGCCAGCGUCAUGAUCGUCGGUGUGAUUAUCCAGGUCACUUCGUUCGUGGGCCAUAUUCCACUCCUGCAAUUCUUUUUCGGCCGAAUCAUUACCGGCAUUGGCAACGGCAUGAACACCUCAACCAUUCCCACCUAUCAGGCCGAGUGCUCGCGCACCAGCAACCGUGGUCUGCUGAUCUGUAUCGAGGGUGGUGUCAUUGCCAUCGGUACGAUGAUCGCCUACUGGAUUGAUUUCGGUGCCUCGUAUGGUCCUCCCGACCUCGCCUGGCGAUUCCCCAUUGCUUUCCAAAUCGUCUUCGGUGUUAUUAUCAUCGUCGGCAUGGGCAAGGUCCACGAGGGCGAGUAUGUGCUCGCUGCGCUGGCCGGCAGGGAGAUUGAUGACCGCGAGACCCAGGUCCAAAAGCAGCUGGUCAUCGAGUCUAUCGAGGCGUACAAGGCGCUCGAGUAUGGAUUCGGUGGGGGUGAUGGUGGUGCGGAUCCGGAGAAGGGUCAGCCUCCUUCUUCGACUUCUUCGCAGCAGCAGGAGAAUGCGAAGCAGCAGGGGGGGAACAGUGGGUUUGCGCAGCAGUAA